AAAUUCAUCCCCUGACCAUAGUCCUCCAUCUCAAUCACCAUGAGCGACUCUUCAGGCAGCUUAUCAUCACCUUCUCCCGGUGUAGAAUCACCGCUGGCCUCUUCCAGCUCUUCUUGGGCUCCAGAGGAUGACAUUACCCCAUUCCCUAGUCCCGUCUUGUCAGCACAGCACUUGGCGGGCUUGUCUCUGGGAAUGGAUGGGGAGCUGGAACCAGAAGUGGAUAUGGAAAAGAUUGUGACUGAUAAAGAUCGCGAAAUGGCCUUAGAAAUCAAGGGCAGGGCGAACAAGGCAUUUGCAGGCAAGGAUUUCACUUUGUCCAUCGAUCUGUACACAGAAGCCAUCGCAUUGAAUCCCAAAGAUGCUACAUUUUGGAACAAUAGAGCCAUGUCAAAGGCGAAGAUGGAGGAACACGGAGCGGCCAUUGCGGAUGCCAGCAGAGCCAUCGAUUUGAACCCCUCAUACGCGAAAGCCUACUACCGACGUGGUGUCUCUCAACUGGCCAUUCUGAGACCGAGCGAUGCUGUACCCGAUUUCAAAAAGGCUCUCGAGCUGGAUCCGAGCAAUCGAGCGAUCAGAGAGCAGCUCCAGGCCACUAUCAAGCUCAUGAGGAGAAUAGAAUUCGAGAAGGCGAUCUCUACAGGAGAAGCAGAAUCGAUCACGGCCAAGUGCUUGUCCCUCAUAGCCUCGGGCUCGUGCAUCCUCGACACCAGCUCCAAGUCCGCCGACAUGCCCCUCCCUACCAUCCCUAGCGAUCCCAACGGCCGUUACGAACCGACUGAAGCCUUUGUUACUGGCAUGAUCGAGAGCUUCAAGUCGGGUGGGAAGAUCCCCAAACGGGUCGCUUGGGAGAUCAUCCUUGGCGUGUAUGAUUUGGUGGUUAAGGAGAAGAGUCUGGUCUACGUGACGAUACCCAAAGGCGCCACCUGCGACGUGGUUGGCGAUACCCAUGGUCAAUUUUAUGAUGUCUACAACUUACUUUCUCUGAUCAGACCACCUUCCGAUACGCACUACAUCGUCUUCAAUGGUGACUUUGUCGAUCGCGGGAGCUGGUCCAUAGAGGUCGUUCUCACCCUCUUCGCCUACAAGUGGCUGCUUCCUGACCGAGUCUUCCUAAAUCGAGGCAAUCACGAGACAAGCGAUAUGAACAAGGUUUACGGGUUUGAGGGCGAGGCGAAGAACAAAUUGGGAGAGAUGACCUAUAAACUCUUUGCGGAAGUCUUCACAUCUCUUCCCCUCGCGACGCUCGUCACGGCUUCUCAAACCCCGACAUCUACCACUGGACCGAACGUCCCAUCCCCUCUGAUUCUGUCCAACGGCCUUAAGAGGUACUUCAUCGUCCAUGGGGGACCACCGUGUAGCAAGGACGGAGUCAGCUUGGACGAGAUCGAAAAGAUUCAGCGGCUGGGUCAACAGCCUGGUCAAUCAGGGCUCAUGUGCGAGAUGCUCUGGACAGAUCCUCAACCACAACCAGGGCGGGGUCCCUCGAAAAGAGGCGUUGGACUCGGCUUUGGACCAGAUAUCACUCGCAAAUGGUGUGAAGACACAUCAGUCACUGCCGUCAUUCGUUCCCACGAGGUUCGGCAGAAUGGCGUUGCCUGCGAACACAAUGGAUUAUGUUGGACGGUCUUCAGCUGUCCCAACUACUGCGAUUCGACUGGCAACCAAGGCGGAUGGAUCACCAUCAGCGACUCUGGCGAUCUCACGCCUCAUACCUUUGAUGCUGUGCCGCAUCCGGACGUCAAGCCAAUGGCCUACUCAAACAUGUUCGGCAUGAUGGGUAUGUGAUCUAAGCGUAUCUUUGAGACUCUAUCCUCUCGCAUCUUGAUUGUAUAUGAUUAUGCCACCGAUCAACAACUGCCUGUG